CAUGAAGCAUCUGUGUAACAUGAAUGUUGUAUUGUAUAGAGAGAUGUUUCAAUAACUUGACUCGUCAAUUCUAGGUUAUCUGCGCGUACCCAUACUGCGCAAAGAUCGAGGGAAGUCUUGCUUGACACUCAUAGCUAUGUAGUGAAGCACCCUAUCCGGUCAUCUGCGUCUUUGCCAGCUGACUUUUAAGACGUUCCAUCUUUAGUUAGCUGUCUACUGCUCAAUUCGAUUGUAUUUAGUCUGAAAAAUUACUUUUUAAAUAAUGGCGGACAUAGAAAAACCAACUGGUCUGGACUGGGUCAAAUUGCGCGAAGAUAUGGGCGAGGUUAUUGACAGAGAAAGCGGUUUUGACAAAUUUAUCAGAAAAUCAAAAGAAAAUCCACUGGUCCCAAUUGGUACGCUCUUUACUGUGGGUGCUCUGACCUACGGCCUGGCCAGUUUUGUUAAAGGUGAUUCGCAACGUCAACAAAAAUUCAUGAGACUUCGUGUGGCUGGACAGAUGUUUACAGUUGUCGCCGCUGUGGGAGGUAUCCUAUAUUCGAUGCCACCUGGCAAAAGGUCCUGGAAAGAUCUCAUCGAAAAAGGCGACCCAAAAGCACAGCUUGCUGCUCAACAAAAUGCCAAGUAAUCACGAGAUAAAUUCGAUGACUUUUGUACACUAGCGACGAUCUUGAGCUCAAUGUUGACGCGCCUAUGAUAGGCGUCUUAUUAUUUCUAUAGCUAACAUAGGGUGCGCAAAUUUUAUUAUACCAAAGUUUUAACUGCACUUUUUUUCUGACGCAGCAUCAAGCAUUGUAUACUCAAUUUAUUGAUUUUGUAGAUACAGUUUUGUAUAUGUAAAUACCGAUCGGUUCUCAUAGAAAAAUAUGUAUGUUCUUAUAAUAAAAAAUUAUUUUUACAAAGUGAAA